GUCAGUGUCUGGAGGAGGAGGAGGAGGAGGAGGAGGACGUCUCUCUGACCUCAUCUGGACGGGACUUUAACAGGAAACCAUGAUGAAGGCAGUGGACCUUUUCAACACUCUGGAAGAUUUAAAAGAAGAUGAAUUUAAGACAUUCAAAUGGUAUCUGCAGCAAGAUAUCCUGGAAGGUUACCAAAGCAUCAAAGAGUCCAAUCUGGAGAAUGCAGAAAGGCAGGACACAGUGGAUGUGAUGGUGAAUACCUAUCAGCUUCAUGGAGCUCUGAAGGUGACCAAGAAAGUUUUAGAGAUGAUCAACAGGAAUGAUCUAGUGCAGAGUCUGCCAGACACAAACUCAAGACCAGAAGAGUCAGUGGAUGUCAGUGAUUUUGGAAAGACUUCAGAGAACAGAGGAACUCCCUCCUCUCAGAGCAAAGUUGAUGUUGAAGAAACUUCAGGGAACAGAGGACCUUCCUCUCCUCACACUGAAGCUGAAACUCAGAGGGGAGCAGGAAGCCCAGCAGUCACCGCCCAUCAUGGAGGUGUCGUCAGCACACCUCAGUUUACAAAUGUGAAGGCAGAGAAUAUAACGCUUAAUGUCAACAAUUUCAACACAAAUGUCAUGUCUCCUGACAGGACAGAUGAGACGAAAGCCAAUUCUCCCAAAACCGAAGACGGGAUGGUACCAGUACCAAAGCCAGCACAGCACAUCUCAAAAUACCAAAAACAGAUUCAGUCAAACUUCAUAGACCGUUGCAAGCAACAAAAAGAAGGAUUGACGGAGGUGAAACGACCUUUGGAUAAGAUGUACACACAUCUGACUGUCACAGCUGGGGGUGACAUACACAUCAACAGACAGCAUGAGGUCCGGCAGAUUGAGACAGUGAGACCAGCAGAUACAGAGACAACAAUUAAACCUUGUGAAAUGUUCAAACCCCCCUCUGAAGAAGACCGCCCCAUAAGAACAGUGCUGACCAAGGGAAUAGCAGGAAUUGGAAAAACAUUUCUUGUGAACAAGUUUUUGUUGGACUGGGCUGAAGGAAGAGCCAAUCAAGAUGUGCAUCUCGUUUUCCCCUUCACCUUCCGCCAGCUGAAUUCAUGCAAGGAGAAUGUAUGUUUGGCAGACCUCAUUCAUGAAUGUAUCUGGGAGACCAAAGACAUCAAGAAAGAAGCUCUUAAUCAUAUCUUUACAGAGCUGCAGUCAACAGGAAACACCAACUUUGACAAGAGUGAAUUCAAACUUCUGUUUGUUUUGGACGGACUGGAUGAGAGCCGCCUUGAUAUGGACUGCUCUACCAAUAAAAUCCAUGCAGGUAAAUUUGACGUGACAGAGCCGACCCCAGUGGACAAGCUGCUGAUGAACCUCAUCAAGAAGAAACUGCUUCCCUCUGCUCGCAUCUGGAUAACCACACGACCUGCAGCAGCCAAUCAGAUCCAUUCUGACUUUGUAGACAUCACAACAGGGGUCAGAGGGUUCACUGACCCACAGAAGGAGGAGUACUUUAAGAAUAGAUUCAGAGAUCAGGAGCAGGCUGGCAGAAUCAUCUCCCACAUCAAGACAUCACGAAGCCUCCACAUCAUGUGCCACAUCCCAGUCUUCUGCUGGAUCACUGCUACAGUUCUGGAAGAAGUAAUAAAAACCAGAGAGGGAGGGGAGCUGCCCAAGACCCUGACUGAGAUGUAUGCCAAAUUCCUGCUGUUUCAGAUUCAUCAGACAACGGAGAAGUAUGACCCAGAAAAGUGCAUUCAGUACAUUGAGUCAUUAGCAAAAUUGGCUUACCAUCAGUUGGAAAAGGGCAACCUGAUCUUCUAUAAGAAAGAUCUAGAAGAGAGUGGCAUUAAUGUCAGUGGAGCCUCGGUUUGCUCAGGAGUGUUCACAGAGAUCUUCAAAGAGGAGCGUGGGAGGAAGAAUGAGGAAGACAAGAUGUUUAGCUUCGUCCAUCUGAGUGUUCAAGAGUUUCUGGCUGCUCUUCAUGUAGAAAGGGCAGUAAUUAAAAGAAACAAGAAUGUGAUGUCUGAGCCAGGGCAAAGUUUCGUCAAAAAAGUGAGGGAAGUUUUCAGCAGAUCAUCUACGACAAAGGUCCACAGGUUUGCUAUUGACAAGGCCUUACAGAGUCCAAACGGACACCUGGACUUGUUCCUCCGCUUCCUCCUGGGUCUUUCACUGGAAACCAAUCAGAAACAUUUACGAAGUCUGCUGAAAAAAAGAAGCUCAGAGACCAAUCAAGAAACAGUCAAGUACAUCAAGAAGAAGAUCAGUGAGGAUCUGUCUCAAGAGAAAAGCAUCAAUCUGUUCCACUGUCUGAAUGAACUGAAUGAUUGUUCUCUAGUGGAGGAGAUCCAACGGUCCCUGAGUUCAGGAAGUCUCUCCACAGAUAAACUGUCUCUUGCUCAGUGGUCAGCUGUGGUCUUCAUCUUACUAUCAUCAGAAAAUGAUCUGGACGUGUUUGACCUGAAGAAAUACUCUGCUUCAGAGCAGGCUCUUCUGAGGUUGCUGCCAGUGGUUAAAGCCUCCAAAAAAGCUCAGCUGAGUGGCUGUAACCUGUCAGAGAGAAGCUGUGAAGCACUGUCCUCAGUUCUCAGCUCAGAGUCCUCUAGUCUGAGAGAGCUGGACCUGGGUAACAACAACCUGCAGGAUUCAGGAGGGAAGCUGCUUUCUGCUGGACUCGAGAUUCCACACUGUAAACUGGAGAUUCUCAGGCUGAGUGGCUGUAACCUGUCAGAGAUAAGCUGUGAAGCUCUGUCCUCAGUUCUCAGCUCAGAGUCCUGUAGUCUGAGAGAGCUGGACAUGAGUAACAACAACCUGCAGGAUUCAGGAGGGAAGCUGCUUUCUACUGGAGUGAAGAGUCCACCCUGUAAACUGGAGACUCUCAGGCUGACUAACUGUAACCUGUCAGAGAGAAGCUGUGAAGAUCUGUCCUCAGUUCUCAGCUCAGAGUCAUCUAGUCUGAGAGAGCUGGACCUGAGCAACAACGAACUCAAGGAUUCAGGAGGGAAGCUGCUUUCUAAUGGAGUGAAGAGUCCACACUGUAAACUUGAAAAUCUAAGUUUGUCAGGCUGUCUGAUCACAGAGGAAGGCUGUACUUCUCUGGCUUCAGCUCUGAAAUCCAACCCCUCCCAUCUGAGAGUGCUGGACCUGAGCUACAAUCAUCCAGGAGACUCGGGAGUGAAGCUGCUUUCAGCUAGACAGGAGGAUCCACACUGCAGACUGGACACUCUAAGGCUGGACCAUUGUGGAGAGCAGUGGCUGAAACCUGGUCUGAGGAAAUAUUCCUGUCAACUCACACUGGACACAAACACAGUAAACAGAAAACUCAAACUGUCUGACAACAACAGGAAGGUGAUACGUGUGGAGGAGGAUCAGCCAUAUCCUGAUCGUCCAGAGAGGUUUGACUACUGGUCUCAGCUACUGUGUAAAGAUGGUCUGACUGGUCGCUGUUACUGGGAGGUUGAGAGGAGAAGAAGGGUUAAUAUAUCAGUGAGUUACAGAGGAAUCAGGAGGAGAGGAAACAGUAGAGACUGUGAGUUUGGAGGUAAUGAUCAGUCCUGGAGUCUGAGGUGCUCUAAUGACCGUUACUCUGUCCGUCACAAUAACAUCAGAACAUCGAUCGUUUCUUCCUCUGUCUCUAGUAGAGUAGCAGUGUAUGUGGACUGUCCUGCUGGCUAUCUGUCCUUCUACACAGUCUCCUCUGACUCACAGACCCACCUGUACACCUUCAACACCACAUUCACUCAACCUCUCUAUCCAGGGUUUGGGUUCUGGUCUCGUGCCUCAGUGUCUCUGUGUCGUGUGUAGGACGGAGAGUCUCCUCCUGUUUAGUCUCCUCCUAUUUCUCACAGCUGAUCAGUUGAGUCUGUACAGGACCACACUUACAUACAUAUUGGUGAUGGGAACAAAGAACGUAUAAAUGUAAAUGGACUGUUUUUAUAUAGCACUUUUCUAGUCUUAUCGACUACUCAAAGCUCUUUUACAUAGUACAGGAACCAUUCACCAUUCAUACACUGUGGCCGAGGCUGCCGUACAAGGUGCCACCUGCUCAUCAGAUAAACACUCACACACAUUUACACUCCGAUGCCCAGCAUCUGUUCCAAACAGGCUAGUUUCUGAUUGUUUCCCAGUAUUAUUUUUCCCCACAACUUUAUUUAACCAAGCACGGUUCAAUCAGGCGCGUCUCGACUAUCAGAAAUAAUCUCAGAAAACCUUUAUUUAAAAAAGACUCAAAUGUUUUGACUAAAAUAUCUUGAGUCCUCUUUUAACUA